AUGAUUGCGGCAAGCUUUGGAUUGGCGAAUUUAAUUUCCCGGCAAGGGGGAGGGCGGCUGUCCGAUGAGGUGGCGAAGAGGUUGGGGAUGAGGGGAAGGCUGUGGACUCUAUGGCUCGUUCAGACUUUAGGCGGCAUUCUGUGCAUAAUUUUGGGUCGGGUCAAUUCAUUGGGACUUGGGAGGCCCCAUUGUUGUUAUGAUCCUUUUCUCGUUCUUCGGCCAAGCUGCUUGUGGCCUAACCUUUGGAUUCGUGCCCUUUGUCUCCAGAAGGUCUUUAGGGUUAAUCUCGGGCAUGACGGGAGGAGGAGGGAACGUGGGAGCAGUGAUAACUCAGCUGGCAUUCUUCAAACGGUCAAAAUUUUACAAGGAGACUGGAAUCACAUACAUGUGAAUAAUGAUCAUUUGUUGCACUCUCCCUCUAUAUUUGAUCAACUUCCCGCAGUGGGGUGGCAUAUUUUCCGCCGGUCGCAGCAGCCCAUCGUCUGCCACCGGAGAGGAAUACUAGGUGGCUGA